AGCUGUACUCAUGCCAUUGGUUCCAUGCUGUAAUGAAGUCAAGAAAGACCAAAAAAUAACUGUUGGAUGCCUCCUUAAACAUGCAUAUGUGAAGGAGAUUAAAUGGCCUACAGCGUUUAGUGACGUCAAGUUCUUACCAGGCACAAACAGUUAUCCAACAAUCAGCAUUAUGACUCUUAACAGUGAAAACAUGAAGAAAAAGGCUUUAACCUGCUCUGCCCAUUAUCAGGAUAAACAAAUCACAACUUCAAUUCCAGAUUGCAUGGGUCGUUCUGUCAAAAUUCCUCACAUUGAGAUUUUGAUGCCUCCUUUUAGUGAUGGCUUAGAUGCCAACAUACUUCUAGUUUGUUAUGUGUCUGACUUUGUACCCAAAGACAUCCAAGUAGUUUGGCUUCAAAAUGGCAAGGAGCAUGCUUCUAACCAAAACAGAUUCAAAGCACUCAGUGGUGAAGAUGGGCUCUAUUCCGGAACAACUAAACUAAAUGUCAUCAGAGAAAGUUGGAAACAAGGAGACACAUACACUUGUAAGGUGGACAUAAGGGGAGAAGUCUUAAUGCAUAAUAUUAGCAAAUGUUCAGGCAGUUUUGUGAAACCAGUUGCCAACCUGGAAUUACCUCCUACUAAAGAUCUGAUAAAUGGCAAUGGCCAAGUUAUUUGUUCUGUGUUAGGCACCAAUUUAGAUACAUAUAAAAUCUUCCUAAAUUUUGACGAUCAAGACAGUAAUGCAAGUAAAGUCUCGGGGAGUAAAGAAAAUGUUGUUAUAUACAGUCGCAAUGUUACCCAAGAUCUAUGGAAAUCUGUAAAAAAAGUGUCUUGUGUGGCACAAUCUACCUGCCCUAUAAACAAAGCUGAGGUUUCAAAAGAAGUUGAUCAUAUUCCAGUUCAGAUCAGCGCCCCCAGAAUUAAAAUGAUUGCAUCUUGUGAAAAUGAGAAGGAGAGAACUUCAACUUUAUUCUGCUUAGUCUCCGAUUUCUACCCGCAUGAUGCUUCUAUUGCCUGGUUAAAAAAUGGACUAAUGCUAGCAGAUAAAGGCAAGGAUUUCUCUGCCAUGUUGAAUAGAAAAAAAAACAUGUACUUUGGAAAAAGUGAAAUGAGCAUUAAAGGGAAUGUAAACGAUACUUACACAUGUAGAGUUACUCAUCAAGAUAAAGUAUAUCUGCAGAAUGUCAAUAUAUGUUCUGUUUGUAAAAACUUCUUUAAGGACCCUGUCAUAGACCUGACAUUACCUUCCAGUGAAGAUGCACUAAAGGGCAAUGCUAAAAUAAUAUGUAAAAUUCAGGUUAACAAUCUGGAUGCUACUCAAGUGUCUUUAAAACUUAACAAUAAGGACAAGAAAGUGGAAAGCAAAUUUGCGAAACCUGACAAUCUAAAGGAUGUGUAUACAGUAACAUAUACAGUAACCAAAGACGAAUUGAAAGGAAUAAACACAGUGACAUGUGUGGUGAAGCAGCCUUGCUCUGAUGGACCUGCAGAGAUGUCUAAAAAGCUUGAUAAAAUUAUUGAGCCAAGGUCUCCAGACAUUCAGACAUCUUCUGGAAACACCGAUAUGGUAACAGGCACUAUAAUAUUGCUGUGUACAGUUUCAAAUUACUGGCCACAAAAUGUUAAACUAGUGUGGGUGAAAAAUGGAAAGAGGUUAGAUGAAAAGGACAUUGAGCUUGAGCCAAAUAAGCAGGAAAAUGGAUUGUGUUCCGGAAAGAAUUUUCUAACUGUGACUAUAGAAAGCUGGAACAAAGAUACCUAUGAAUGUCAUGUCACCCACCAAAACAAAAACUUCACCAAAGCUGUGAAAAAACCUCAAGUGCCUGAUGGUGACAUAAUAAAACCAUCCUUUAGGGACCUCUUUCUUUAUAAAACUGCUAUAGUUUUCUGUAGAACUAAUAUGGUAUAUGCUGACAUUAUAUGGACACUAAAUGGGAGCACAAGAAAAGAAGAAACCAAAAAAGAAAUCAUACACAACAACACAACAUGGACUCAAUACGCCAUGACCAUCAGCUUGAGAGAAUGGAUGGAAAUGACUACUCUCUCCUGCAAAAUAAAUCCACCCCAGGACCAUCUCCAGAAAAAGAUGACCAUUGUUAGGGUAAAGGACGACAUGAAGAGUCCAACCAUACAUCUGCUGCCUCCUGACCAAGAAAGCACAGGCAAUUUGACGUUGAUCUGUUUGGUGAUGGACUUUUAUCCAGAAGAUCUUUUUGUAACCUGGAAAAUCAAUAGUUCUUUAACUGAAGAAGAUAUGCCAAACUCCGGUCAAGUCAACUGUAACCACAAUAUUAAACAAUGUACAGCCAUAAGUCAACUGAUAAUACAAAAGAGUGAAUGGUUAAAAGGCACUAUCUACUCCUGCCUUGUAGGCCACAUCUCUUCUGAUGUGUACAUUAUGAAGAAUAUCAGUGGUGUUUCCAACAAAUCAGAACGUGAUAUAAAGGAAAAGUUAUUCAGUGGGUCACUUUUGUCCAAAAACCCCACCAUCAAUUGUAGAACUAAUUUAGGCAUCAGUGAUAUAGACUGGUUGUUAAAUGAGACAGAAAUAUCUUCACCCAGAAAGAGAACUGAUGAACAGAUGUUAUACAAGAAUAUGGAAUCAGUACAAGUCACAAUACAAAUCCCAUUGGAAGAAUGGAAAACAUACCCAACACAAUGUUGCAAUGAAGAAUUUUAUAACACCACAGACCCCAAUAUGAUAAAAUCUCCUAAGGUGUACCUAUUGCCCCCUGCCAUGGAAAGCAUAGAAGAGGAUUAUCUAACAUUGAUCUGUUUGGUCAAUGGAUUUUAUCCAGAAGAUGUCUUUGUGACAUGGAAGAUCAAUGGCACCACUAUCAAGCAGGAUUUUCCUCAACCAAAGGAAGUUAUCUGUGACCCUCAGAAACAUUUGUGCUCCUAUGUGAGUCAUAUUUCCAUCUUAAAGGAAGAAUGGCUUGGAGGAAUGGGCUACGCAUGCCUGGUGGCUCAUUUUUCAUCUAAAUCUUACAUCCAUUUUCACUUCAGCAAGCCAAAUGAUAUCCAUACUGUCUACCAAGAUGAUGGAGGAGAAGAGUUAGGGGAGUUAGAAGAGAUCAACAAUAUGUGGACAACAACAUUAACUUAUAUUGUUCUGUUCUUGGUAACAUUGAUCUACAGCAGCUUUGUCACUUUUGUUAAGGUCAAGUAAGUGGCAGACAUGAGAAGAACAGAGUCUACAUAUCUGCAUUUCCUGAAGAGAUGAUCUACAACAUUAAUCUAAUUGCUAUUACUAAUAAAUAUAAUUUAAACAAGCUACUAAUAUGCCACUAACACUAUAAAAUCCACAAACAACUGAAAUGAAACAGAUAUGGCAUGAUGUUAUGGCUGAAACUGACUGUCAGAUAUAUCCUUCUAAUCCUCUUGAUGACUGUGUUGCUAGCCAUAUAUGACCAUUCUGGCAGUAUAACUUUACAACUAUAUAAACAGUAACACAAGGGCAUUUUUACUAAUUCUGCUAUAUUAUAGUUUUCUCAUCCUUAUCUUUAACAGCAGUAUUGUUUUUUAUUGCUUAAUACGUGUUGCUUUACUGUCAUGCGAGUUAUGCCAAUAUAGGUGCUUCUGCUUUUUAAUAAAACAUUUUCACUUAAUCAAUGAUUUUAAUGUUUUUCUAUUUUUACUGAGAGAUUGGAUGUCGUUUUUCAGAGGGUGGAUUUACACAUAUUUACUUGCAGAAACGUUAAUGACUGUUCUUUAUAUGAAUAUAACUGAAUAGAACUGUGAGAACUCUACAUGCUUCCAACCGAAGCAAUCCUCUUCAGAUGAACGGAACUCAUUUUCAGUUGCAGAAAUUUCUACUCUAAGGAAAUCCACUCUACUGUUCCCAGAAGUCCUUGUAUACAGUAUAUGACUGUAUAACAAUUACACAGGAAUUCAUUGUUAGGCUGGGCUCGCACUACAGAAUUGCCAACCGGAAUUCCGCUCAGGAAUUUUGGUCAGAAAUUCUGCUGCAUGAAGGUAACAUGCAGGUGAAUGAGUUUUUCCUUAACACAUUCACACUGCAAACUUUUUCUGGCCGGUAUUUCCGGCAGAAAAUUCUGAUCAAAUAAUUCUGCCAGAACAUUGAACCUGCUCAAUGUUCUGGCAAAAUCCGCACCACAGACAUUGCCGUCUAUCCAGACCGCAAUGUCCGUGUGGUCCUUCUGCCGACUGAUUCAGUUGUCACUGGCCGCACUCGCAGAAGGAAAUGUUUCAGCCACGUAAUCCAUAGUGUGAACCUGGCCUUAUAACCAUGUGCUGGAACACUGUGCUAUUUUGAUUAAAACAUACAAAACAUUUUAUUGAUAACAGCAAAAUAUUUUUUUUUACUACUUCUAGUUCAGUAGUCUCCAAACUGUGGACCUCAAGAUGUUUUGCUGUCUGGACAUGCUUGGAGAUGUUGUUUCAAAAGUAAGACAACACUUAUAUAAAAUUAAAAUAGUUUGGCAGACGGUGAUCCAAUUUUUCACACAAACUGGGGGACAGGAUGAGGGAGAAACCUCUUAGGUCAUGUCACUCACACUGCAGUCAUCUUGUAUGCUGACAUCUUCUUUUCGACUUUAGUAAAUAAUAUGCUGCUACUUACCUAGCCUCACAUCCCACUGGUCCCGUGCAGCUCCUAUCUGUCUCAGUCCCCUUUCCCAAUCUCCGAUUUUCAAAGACGAGCACUUGGAGAAUGACCUGCCAGUCCAGCCAAUCACUGUCCUAGUUGGGACACCACUGUGGCUGGUAACUGGCUUGGUAAUUGGGGAAGUUUUUUUUCCCCAAGAAUUUACUCAGGAAAACCUGAGUAAAAGGCUUCAUAAAUUCCCCCCGCAUUUUUUACAUAAA